GAUACAAAAGAGCGGGAGAGCGGAGCAAUCGGGAAAAGAGAGCUUCGGAGAGCUUCGUCACACUUCCAUUUUGUUCAGAUGCUCAAAGCAAACUCGAUGUUAGAAUCAAAAAAAGCACGCUAAGAAGCACGUCUGAACGGAAAAACGGAUAAGGCAAAGGCGGAUGAAGCAGCGCAAAAGGAAGGCGUAAGCAGGCGCUAUAAAUUAACAAAAAAAUAAAAAUAAAUUUACAUAUAAAAAAAACUUUGCGCUUAGCUUCGAAAUUCGCGGAAGUAAUAAUCUAAUCAGAGUGUGCCUGUGUGUAUUUGUUUAAAAAACCCAAGCAGCAGCAGCAGCAACAACAGCAACAACAACAGCAAAAGCAGCAGAACAACAAAAAGUAAAGAAACCCGUUAUAAAUAAAAAACCCCUAAUCAAAUUCAGGAUCCACUACAACAACAACAACAAAAACCACUGUCGCGUCUCCAAAUGAAACAAUAAUUGAAUAAUUGAAUUAUCCAAUAACGAAAUUAAAGAAAUCAACGACGAGUAUAAAAAGUUGAAAAACAAAACAAAUAAGUAAGCCAGUCGAGGAGAUAUAUAGCCGCAAAAUCAGCGUUUAAAAUACCAUAUAUAGUUGUUCUUAUCUAUACCCACACUCAAUUAAUUGCAGCUGAAUGCACGACUCCUUGCAGAAAGGAUCGUAAAUAGAGUUUAUUUACCUAUAUAUGUGGAUAUAUACAUAUAUAUAGCGACUGUCACUGUCACUGAGAGCGAUCGAUAGCCUGUAAAUUCAUGCGUGUGCAUGAGUGGCAGCAUCAGUAGCGCAUCCAAGGACCAAGGACCUCAUCCACAUAGCCCAUCAAUCUCUCAGAUGCCAGUGGCGGAACCACAACGAUAAGGCAUCGCAUCGCAUCGAAUUGCAUCCAUUGGACAAGGGACAAGGGACAAGAACGUGGACUAAGGACUAAGGACAGUGACUGACUGCGCUCGUUUGAUCGUUCGUUCUAGCUCACUCGCUCGCUCUAUCGCUCUUUCGCUCGCAAAAGAACUAAAAGAAAAACCAAAACAGAUCUAUAUACCAGAUAACCAAUACCAAGCAAGCCAAAAACCAAAUAAUACCAAGCUAAACAGACGCCUCAUUUACCAAACAUCGAACGUUUCGUUGUCGUUUAACCAAAACAGAAAAACAACCAAAAGCGAAUCAAAUCCAAUCGAAUCCAAGCCAAUCCAAAAACCAAUCCAAUCCAAUCAAAUCAAAUCAAAUCAAAUCGCAAAUAGAAAAGAAAUACUCAAAAACGAGACAUAGAAAACAGAACAGUAAACAGUAACAGCAAAACAGUAACAGAAAACCCAAAGCUAAAGCUAAAGCCAAUCAUCAGUCAAAGUCGAUAACCAAAACCAGCAACAUUCAGUUAAAAAUGGCCGAAGACGCUACCAUGGAGACAUGUCCAAGUCCUGAAAUCGGCGACUCACGCAAAAGGCCACUCGAUUCCGAUCCGGAAAAUGAACAAACUAAACGCUCACAUUUCAGUUCCGGUGAGUCAGUUUGUUCUGGAAUUGAGGUUGAAAUUGAAAAUAAUAACAAUAAUCAUAUUCAUCAUGGCGAGACAACGUAUCACAUGAAAAUACUGGUGCCCGCGGUGGCCUCCGGGGCCAUCAUCGGCAAAGGUGGCGAGACUAUCGCCUCCCUGCAGAAGGACACGGGUGCUAGGGUCAAGAUGUCCAAGUCCCAUGACUUCUACCCAGGCACCACCGAACGAGUGUGCCUGAUCACUGGCUCCACGGAGGCCAUCAUGGUCGUGCUGGAGUUCAUUAUGGACAAGAUUCGCGAGAAGCCCGAUCUGACCAACAAGAUUGUCGAUGCCGAGUCAAAACAGACCCAGGAGCGCGACAAGCAGGUCAAGAUCCUGGUGCCCAACUCGACCGCCGGCAUGAUUAUUGGCAAGGGCGGUGCCUUCAUUAAACAGAUUAAGGAGGAGAGCGGCUCCUAUGUCCAGAUCUCGCAGAAGCCCAAGGAUGUCUCUCUGCAGGAGCGCUGCAUCACCAUCAUUGGUGACAAGGAGAACAAUAAGAAUGCCUGCAAGAUGAUUCUCUCGAAGAUCGUCGAGGAUCCUCAGUCGGGCACCUGCCUGAAUGUCUCAUAUGCGGACGUCAGUGGACCGGUGGCCAACUUCAAUCCAACCGGUUCUCCAUAUGCCACCAAUCAAAAUGCCAUCAACUCGAGCACCGCCUCGUUGAACUCCACGCUGGGCACCACGAUCGGCGGGGCGAACUCGGCGGCCAGCCUGCUAGUCCACGGCACCGGCAUCAAUUUGUCCAUUAAUCUGGGCUCACCCAAUCCGGCGCCAAAUCUAACGGUUGCCACUCAACUGCUCGAGCAUAUUAAGGUUGCCAUGCGGGGCUCUGGCUACUCGGAGACCGUCACGAACGAAGUAGUCGCCGCCCUUGGCGUACUGGCCAAGUACGGCGUCCUGGGAAUGGGUGUGGGCGUGCCGCAUACCAAUGGCGCCCACUCAACGCUGGGCAACUUUCUUGGGGUAACGACGCUGGACCAGCAGACUGCGGCCGCCGCAUCCGCGGCCACCGCCAGCAAUGUGUUCGGUGCCGUCGGCCAGGUUAAUCUGGAGCAGUAUGCCGCAGCAGCGGCCGCUGCAGCUGCCGCUAGCCGGCCGACGCAGUCGCAACUGGACGCUGCCGCUGUGCAAUUCGAUCCAUUCCGCCAUUUGGGCUCGGCCACGGCGCCGGGCGCCACGCCCGUCUCGCUGAAUAACAAUAGCUUCGGGCUGACGGCAGCCACGGGAACGGCGACCACGGCACAGCUGGGCGGACUCAGCAAGAGCCCAACACCUGGUGAUUUGAGCUCCAAGGACUCGAAGAACGUUGAGGUGCCGGAAGUGAUUAUCGGCGCUAUUCUAGGUCCGAACGGUCGUAGUUUAGUUGAAAUUCAACAUGUUUCUGGCGCAAAUGUGCAAAUUUCCAAAAAGGGCAUAUUCGCACCUGGCACUAGAAAUCGCAUUGUAACCAUAACUGGUCAGCCCGGUGCCAUUGCCAAAGCGCAAUAUCUAAUUGAACAGAAAAUCAACGACGAGGAGACAAAGAGGGCGCGACAAAUUCCAUUAACCACUGUUGUGAAUUAAAAAAAAAGAAAAACAAACAAAAAAACAAAAACUAAAACAAAAACAUACAACAUACACAUAAUAAUAUCCGAGUAAAGCAACCAACCAGCAAUCUUAACAAAACAACAAACAAACAGGCAAAGAAAAGCAAAACAACAACAACCAAACUACCCCUUACUAUACCCCCCUUCCUUAUAACACACAAAAACAAACACACAUACAUAGUUUUUCCUCUAAAAAAAUUUGUUAAUUUCUUAAAGAAAAGAGGAGGAGAAGAACACUUUAAAUGAUAAAGAAAAAACUAAAAAUAAAAUGAGAAGGAAAAACACCAAUUGUUAUGCGUGCAGCUAAGAGUUAAGCAAUUAAAAACAAAAAAACAAAGAAAAUAAUACUAUAAUUAUGUAUUUGCAAGAGAAAAACCCCAUAAACCUUUUGAGUAAUCUGUUCCAAGGCCUUCACCUCAAGAGAUUUGCUUUAACUAAAGACGCCCUUUAAGAGAGAACGGGCGGAGAGAGGGAAACUACGAACUAGUGAACUUUUUGUAUAGAUACUAUGUACUACCCUUCUCUACUAUUACUACUAUUAUUGUUGCAUUUGUUUGUCACGCUCGAAACGUAAAAAAUUGAAAACAAGUUAUAUUGCCAAUUGCCAGUUAGACACAAACUAGUUGCAAAAGUUAAACACACAAAAAAAGAAGCAAAGAAAAAUGAAGGAAAAUUCAAACAGAAAAAACGUUUGGGUUUUGUUUGUUUUUGUGAUGCGUAUGUUUGCGUUGCGUGUUUUGUUUUUAUAUAUGUAUAAUAUAUAUAUAUAUAUAUUAUUUUUUUUUAUUCUUUGGUACUCCCGACCAAGCUUUACGAUAUACAAUAUACAUGGGGCAUAUAUACAUAUGUAUAUGUACACAGUUGUUGAGUCUUGUUUAUAUAUAUAUAUUAUCUACACACACACACACAUAUGCCCAUACAUAUAUAUAUAUACAUAUGCCGCCACCCACUUACACACACACACAACCCCAACACACACCUAAUUAUUAGCAUUAUGUUGAGCUAAAAAACAAGUUGAAAAAGAAAGAAAAUGUAUAAUGAGCGAGCGUUUUCAGUGAAAACUUCAGGUGAUUCUUACCCUCGAAAUAAGGUAAAUAUUUUACUACACCCUCUCACACACACAGAGAAACAACAACAACAAAAAUACAAACACUUGCUAUAUUACAACAACUACAACAACAGGCUAGUGAAAUGAAAAACAAAAAUACAAUUUCAGACAUAAGAAAAACCCAAACUUUAAAAAGUGACUCUGUUGACAUUUUUUCGUGAUUUCGUUAAAGUUUUUUCUGUUUUUUUUAUCUGUUCUCUGUUGUUGCCCCUCUCCAUAUAACUGCUUAUCGCUGUUACUAUAUAUAUAUAUCUUAUAUAUACACCUAAGAUUCUGCAGCCCGACCUUUGUAUAUGAACACUUUCGGUACGCUACAGUUGAUGUUGAUCAUGAUAAUGUUGUUUAGUUAUAGAUACGAUCCGAUCUGAUCGGAUCGAGUGGUGUUAAUGUGUUGCGCGCGCACGUGAGUCUCCUUUUGGUUAUGAUUUUGUGCUCCCGAUUUGUUACUCCUUUUGUUUUCUAUAUAUAAUACAUACAUAUAUAUAUUUUAUUUAUGAAAAGAAAAAAAUUGAUAAACACACAUUGCGAUUUGUUAGUUGCCAGUCUGAGAACUGCACUCUCUCCCCACUCUUUGACCUUUCCGUCUGUUUUUUCCCCCCCGUCAUUUUGCGUUUGUUAACCUCAUUUCUUUUGGUAAAUUUAGCACAUUUGUUUCUUACCAUUUCUAAUUUUAAGUCUUACAUUUUCUCUCACCUAAUGCAUCACAAAAUAUCUUAAAAAUAUAUAUAUGUAAAACUUAGUGAAAAGCAACGUUUCUUUGUAAAAUAUUCACAUUAAAAAAAAGCAUUCAUUUAGGGGUUUCUUCAUACGUCAAAAAACAAAAAAACAAACAAUCCACCAUAUCCAAUUUCCCUUGUUAAUUUUAAGUAUUGUGCAAUUAUUAAACAUUAUUUCAAAAAACAUUUCACAACGAUUAUAUGUACAUAUCUAUCUAGAAACGCAGUGUAAAGACAGAAGAAGAUGUUAACAUCACAUUUUGAUAAUUUCCCAAAAUUCAUAUAUAUACACACACACAAAUUACACACACACACACAAGGACUAAAGUACCCAUACACCGCUCACCUACAGAGAGAGAAAUAUUCCUUACUUGUAAUGAAGUUUUUCUUAUUUACUUUAUUCCUUACACAUAUAAUUUAGUUUAACACAAUUCUUUUCGAUAAAUAAAAGCGAAGAUGAAACGAAAUUUAAAUAAAAUUUGAUUACAAAAACAACAAUAAAAACCAACCAAUGUGCAAUGUUUAUUUUCGUGUUUAAUUUUAUGGAGCGUAAUGCGCACCACCACCAUCGCCCCCCUCCAUUGCCCACCACCCAUCCACACACCCACAAGCGCUGCACCCCACCACUAACCAAAUCGUAUUACCCUUCAAAAAAAAAAAACCAACUCAAUCUACAACAUUAUCAUGACCAAUCAAAAUCAACUCAAUCAGACAGUCAGCCCCUCAAUCAGUCAACACAAUUCUUUGCUCAGUUCGAUUUCUGCAACGAUUUCGAUUUCAAUUUCGAUUCAAUCACUGAAAACGCUCAUCAACGUAGUGAAAAUGAUAAAUCAGUUAAAUGAAAAUGAAAAACCACAGUAAUAAACCAAUCCUAAGCUAAGUCUAUAUAUAUUUAAGUUAAAAGUUGUUCUUAUUAAUUUUUGCUAUUAUUGUUAAAACUUACCUACAAUUGUUCUUAUUUGUGCAAUAUUUAUAUGAUACGAUUAAAAAAAAAGAAAAUACAAAAAUCAAA